GAAAAGUAGUUAAAGAUGUUGGGUGAGGCUUGCUGCUUCACUAUACUGUAUGUAUUACUUUGUCUGAUUGUUAUAUUUCCUCCUGAUGAGAUAGCAGGCAUGGGGCUUACAGUAGAAAAGCUGUUAGCCUCUUUUUUAGGCUCAGAAAUCAUGAAUUUUGUCCAGUACCACCAGCGUCGCACCACUGCUACUGUCCUGGUGCAUUCUCUUCUUAUUCCUGGCUAUCUCCUAUGGAUGAGACAAACUCAGCCUGGAGUCUACUCAUGGAUGUUCCACUUGCCCACGUUUGCCAUUGGAACAACAGUGUUGCUCUUCCUCUCGCCUGUGCUGGUGGCACUGUGUUUGGCUUUAUGGUGGCAUCACAACAACUGGAGUCAGCAUCCCUUGUCCAAAUCUCUCACUCACUUCCUAGAUGAGCGGCAAGCAAGUCAUCCUCAUUCCUGGCUGGCACUUGCUACUGAGAUAAAUAUUCAAUAUCGCAGAGUUGAUAAGCUGAGUACUCAAAUUAGCAGCACUUCUCAACUUGUUGCCAUUGACAGUUGGCUAAUUCAGGUGAACUCGUACCAAGUGUGUGUGCUACCUCUUGAGGAUACAUUGGUGGUUCUUGAGGGAGCCAUCAACAACACACUGGACACACGACCCUUCUCUGCUGGGGGUAGUGCACAGAUUCUCAAGCUCAGAGCCAGAUGUGUCUCAAAAAAUGUUCCUGACCUCUCUUUUAGGUUAUCAUCAACGCUGAUGAGCGAGCUUGAACGCAAGCUUGUGAUUCCGGUGCUGAACUCAGGCCAGGUGGUCGUGCAGAAGAGUUUAGCUGAUCAAUUCCUUGAAGUUUUCCUGAAGACCGUUAGUGAGAACCCUCCAUACCUGGAGAAGCCUAAUGAACGAAGAGAAGAAGCUUGCAUUGGGUGCAUGAGCGCCCCUUCAAACGUGAAGCUGGACAGGCGGUGCCGGGUGCUGGGGGUGGAGCGGCCGGCUGAGGGUGGAGGCGAGGCGCAGUGCGUUGCCUGCUCCUGCCGCCCCAUGUGGUGCGUCACUUGCCUCUCCAAGUGGUUUGCAGCCCGUCAGGACCAAGCUCGUCCGGAGACAUGGCUGUCCUCCCGUGCCCCUUGCCCCACCUGCCGCUCCCUCUUCUGCCUCCUAGACGUGAGGCUCAUGAUGCAGGAGGCGCCAGCUGCCACCCACUGACACCUCUUGCUGAGGCUUCUGUGGCAUCAGAGCGUGAGGCUCAUGAUGCAGGAGGCGCCAGCUGCCACCCACUGACACCUCUUGCUGAGGCUUCUGUGGCAUCAGCUCGUGAGGUUCAUGACGCAACACACGCAUCUUGCACCUCCUAUGUUCUGACUUUUUUAGCUUACGUAUUUUUAGCGCAUUUUCUCAUUUAUGAAAAAAAUGCACUAUUGU